UCGAACCCCGCUUGCUACUCAGCGGCGGCCAACAUGGCGUCGGCUUCCUCCUCCGCUCCGACAGGCCUGGCGGGAGGCCGAGCGCCGCGGCGGACGGCAGGAAACAAGCUCUCGGGACUCCUGGAAGCCGAAGAGGAGGACGAGUUUUACCAGACCACUUAUGGCGGCUUCACUGAGGAAUCCGGUGACGACGAAUACAAGGGUGAUCAGUCCGACAGCGACGAUGAAGUGGAUUCGGAUUUCGACAUCGACGAAGGGGACGAGCCCAACAGCGACCAGGACGACGACGAGCCUAAAAGGAAGCGCCGGGUGGUGACCAAGGCCUACAGGGAACCCAUCAAAAGCUUGAGGCCUAAGAAGCCGGAGGUGCCUGCCAGCAGCUCCCAAAAAGUUCGGGAGGAAAGAGCGACUCCGGCGGAGCAAGACGAUGCCGUCGACAGCCGGAAGCACAUGCGCCAGUCCACCACGGAGCACACCCGUCAGACCUUCCUCCGGGUCCAGGAGCGGCAAGUGCAGUCCAAGCGCAAGAAGGGAGGCGCAGCCCCCAGCUACGAACGACCCCUGACCCAGGAAGAGCUGCUGAAAGAGGCCAAGAUCACAGAGGAGUUCAACCUGCGCUCGCUGGAGACCUACGAGCGCUUGGAGGCCGACAAGAAGAGGCAAGUGCAGAAGAAGCGCAAGUGUGUGGGGCCCACCAUCCGCUACUACUCGGGGACCAUGCCCCUCAUCACCGACCUCGGCUGCAAGGAAGAGACUGUGGACGUGGAGGGCCUGGACCAGGAAUCCCAGCCCGGCGCCCCCCUGGAGGCCCCCCCACACCCGCCCGCCAAGUGUUCGCGCACCUUCGUCACCUUCAGCGACGACGAGACCUUUGAGCGCAUCUUCCCCAAGUCGCGCUCCCCCAAGCUGCCCGUCAAGGAGAUCUGCCCCGUCACCCACAAGACCGCCAUCUACCGCGACCCCAUCACCGACAUCCCGUACUCCAAUAUCCGGGCUUUCAAGAUCAUCCGGGAGGCCUACAAGAAGUACAUCACGGCCCACGGCUUGCCCAACGCUGCUGCCGCCGCCGCCGCUUCGAUGGGCAGCGGGUCGGUCGCGGCGGAGUCCGGCGUCCGAGCCACGAGGCAGAAAAUCAUCAUCAAGCAGAGCGUCCCCGCCACUUAGGAUCCUCCUUACAGACUUUCCCCUCUUUAUGCUGUGUUGAUACCUGCAAAAGUUGGCCGGUAUCUCAUUCCAGGCAUGGAUGGAUGGAAUCCGUCAUGUCCUUCAUGUCUGCCAAGUUUCCAGAUUCCGCCAAAAGUCUGAAAAGGGAUUUUCCUGUUUUGUUUGAUGACCGAGUUUGGACAGAUGCGCAGUGUUGUGUUCCAAAUCCUGUGUGCUAUUUGAUAAAUAAAUAUUUUACCUUCCCGUUCAAAA